CCACAAGACAGUCAAGCUCCAUCUAAACGCCGAAAGCCGAUGCGCGCGGUCGACCAGCGCUUCACCUUCCGACCUGCGUUGAAACCUACGAAUAGAUAAGACAUGCAGUCUCCGAGCAGAAUCUAUGUAACUAUCCACAUUGUGUUGGAAGAACGCUUACAAGAAAAUCACAAGCAAUAACCACUACACAAUGGCGCCCCAUCCACGCAUCCAAUCUAGCGGGUCCCUGGACGCCUUCCACCCCGUGAUGGUGACCCCAGUGAUCGGCAAUGAAUUCCUCAAGGGAAGCUGCAACAUCGUCGACGAUAUCCUAAACAGUCCAGAGGCGGAGCAGCGCAUCCGCGAUCUGGCCGUCAUGAUCGCCGAACGCGGCGUCGUCUUCUUCCGCGCCCAAGACAACCUCACCAACGCCCUCCAGAAGCAGCUCAUCCUCCGCCUCGGCGAACUGACCACCCGCCCCACCACCCACGGCCUGCACAUCCACCCUGUUACCAACGACGCCCGCGAGUUCGGCGACCCGGACCCCGAGAUCAGCACCAUCAACUCCGAAGGCCGCAAGAAACUGUACAAGGGCUCGGACUACACCAGCCAGGCGGCCGUCUGGCACAGCGACAUCGCUUUCGAGAAGGCGCCGGCCGAUUUCUCGAGCUUGCGGCUCAUCCAGCUGCCCACCACCGGCGGGGAUACGCUGUGGGCGUCCGGGUAUGAGAUGUACGAUCGCUUGAGUAAGCCGUACCGCGCCUUUGUGGAGGGGCUCACGGUCACGCACGUUGGCGAGGGGUUCCGCAGAAUGGCGCAGGUGGGGGGGUUCAAGAUGUUUACCGGGGAACGAGGCGCGCCGGUCAAUGUGGGCGAUGAGUUGGUGGCGGUUCAUCCGGUGGUGCGCACGAACCCGAUCACCGGGUGGAAGUCGAUCUUUCCUGCUGGUCUGCAACCAGGCGCUUUCCCCUCCAAGAUCAACGAACUGAGUCGCAAAGAGAGUGCAAACAUGCUCCAAUAUUUCAACGAUCUGAUCAUCCACGGGCAUGAUCUCCAAGUCCGGUUCAAAUGGAACGAGCCCAAUGAUAUUGCCAUCUGGGACAAUCGCAGUGUCUUCCACACCGCUACUGGCGACCACGAAGGCUUCGGGCCGAGGAGUGGAAACCGGGCCGUGGGGGUUGGUGAGAUUCCUUAUUUUGAUCCGGAGAGCAAGUCCAGGAGAGAAGAUCUGGGUAUUGAGGAUACACUAUCCCCUGCGCACUGGUAA